AUGGGCCAGACCGGCAAGAAGUCUGACAAGGGGCCCGUGUGCUGGCGGAAGCGCGUCAAGUCCGAGUACAUGCGGCUGCGGCAGUUGAAGCGGUUCCGGCGGGCCGACGAGGUCAAGAGUAUGUUUAGUUCCAAUCGUCAGAAAAUUUUGGAAAGAACGGAGAUCUUGAACCAGGAGUGGAAGCAGCGAAGGAUCCAACCUGUGCACAUCCUGACUUCUUGUUCGGUGAGCAGCGACUUGGACUUCCCCACACAAGCCAUCCCCUUGAAGACGCUGAAUGCGGUGGCAUCUGUGCCCAUCAUGUACUCCUGGUCCCCCCUGCAGCAGAACUUCAUGGUGGAAGAUGAGACAGUUUUGCAUAACAUCCCUUACAUGGGGGAUGAGGUUUUGGACCAGGAUGGGACUUUCAUUGAGGAGCUGAUAAAGAACUAUGACGGCAAAGUGCACGGGGACAGAGAGUGCGGCUUUAUCAACGACGAGAUCUUUGUGGAGCUGGUGAAUGCGCUUGGUCAGUACAAUGACGAUGAUGAUGAUGAUGGUGAUGACCCUGAUGAGCGAGACGAGAAGCAGAAAGGUCUGGAGGAGCCCCGUGACGAUAAAGAAAGCCGUCCACCUCGGAAAUUUCCUUCUGAUAAAAUUUUUGAAGCCAUUUCCUCGAUGUUUCCAGACAAGGGCACAGCAGAAGAGCUAAAGGAAAAGUACAAGGAGCUCACGGAACAGCAGCUGCCAGGCGCGCUGCCUCCGGAGUGCACCCCCAACAUCGACGGGCCCAGUGCCAAGUCCGUGCAGCGAGAGCAGAGCCUGCACUCAUUCCACACGCUCUUCUGCCGGCGCUGCUUCAAGUACGACUGCUUCCUGCACCCUUUUCAUGCAACACCCAACACGUACAAGCGGAAGAACACAGAAACCACUCUCGACACCAAACCGUGUGGACCACAGUGUUACCAGCACCUGCCACUCCUGCCGAGGGCUGAUUGGUCUCUGUUCUGUUGGAUUUAG